GCCACUGAUAGUCCGCGGCUGCGGGAGGCGGCGCCGGACAGGCGUAGGCGGCGGGGCGAGGCGCCCGCCGGGCCCGUGGGGAUGCGGGACCGGCUGCCGGACCUGAGGGCGUGUAGAAAAGAUGACGAUGGGGACACAAGUGUUGUUGUUGAAAAGGACCAUUUCAUGGAUGAUUUCUUCCACCAGGUUGAGGAGAUCAGGAACAGUACAGCUAAAAUAGCUCAGUAUGUUGAAGAAGUAAAGAAAAACCACAGCAUCAUACUUUCUGCACCAAACCCAGAAGGAAAAAUAAAAGAAGAACUUGAAGAUCUGAACAAAGAAAUCAAGAAAACUGCGAACAAAAUCCGAGCCAAGUUGAAGUCGAUUGAGCACAGUGUCAAUCAGGAUGAGAGCGGGAGCCGGGCUUCGGUGGAUCUUCGCAUCCGGAGAACCCAGCAUUCCGUACUAUCUCGGAAAUUUGUGGAAGUUAUGACAGAAUAUAAUGAGGCACAGACUCUAUUCCGGGAGCGGAGCAAAGGACGGAUACAACGUCAGCUAGAAAUAACUGGAAGAGCCACGACGGAUGACGAGCUGGAGGAGAUGCUGGAGAGCGGGAGCCCUUCGGUCUUCACGGCGGACAUUAUAUCAGAUUCUCAAAUUACUAGACAAGCGCUCAAUGAAAUUGAGUCUCGUCACAAGGACAUCAUGAAGCUGGAGACCAGCAUCCGGGAGCUGCACGAGAUGUUCACGGACAUGGCCAUGUUCGUGGAGACCCAGGGCGAAAUGAUCAACAACAUAGAAAAGAAUGUGAUGAAUGCCACAGACUACGUGGAGCGCGCGAAAGAAGAGACGAAGAGAGCCGUGAGGUACCGCAGCAAAGCUAGACGGAAAAUGAUGUUCAUUAUUAUUUGUGUAAUUGUUUUGCUUGUGAUCCUUGGAAUUGUCCUAGCAACAACGUUGUCAUAGCAACCAUGUCCCGAGAGCCACUCUCCUCGGAGUCAGACCACACCUGCAGCAAGUCCGCCGCCUCCUGUUCCAUGACUGAGCCCCAGAUGCUGCGACCUGUGGCACUGGGUGCUGACCGUUUCUUAGUGAAGGAGAGGGCAAAUCUCAACAGGAUGCAUCAUUCAGGGAAAGUCUGAGUGGGACAGGUGUGACGAGUUACCUUGAACAGCCCUGGACUCUGAACAGCACAUCACAACAAUGUAACAAUGUGAAACUUUCUUCAGUGGCCUUAAAAUAAGGAAUUAUUGAAAAAUUUCAAUUUUUUUUUAUAUUUCAGUGUUAAAAAUACAUGGGAAGUUUAAUUAGGAAUACUUUGUAUUAGGAAGCUAGUAGAUUUGAGGUCUGAGCUUUCCUUCUCCACCCCUCCCAGCUAACCCUCUAAUUAAGAGAUGUUUUUGUACUGUGUUUAAUUUGUGUUUGUUGUUUGCAACAAAAAUGUUUAUCAUCACAGCUGUUUUGUAAGAUAUCUAUAACUUUUAAUGUUUAUAAAUUGUUUAAUAUAUUAACAUUUUAAUUCGCUCCAUUUUUAUAUAUUUAAUAUCACCUUUUGAAAGAACGUUCACGACAUCGCUAGAGCCGCCUUGACAACCGUUGUUUGCCUUCAGCAAAGUCCACGUCGGGUGCCAAGGCCCCUAAAUGCCUUUAAGUGCCUUCUGUUGGUAGUGAUGUGUAGGGCACCAGUGCCCUUGACACCCUCCAGGACAGUCCCCGUUACUGUGCUCGUCUCCACGGCUCAACAUAAUAAAUCAGUUCCUGCACUGUGAAAGCCCACGGCCUCUUGCUUGUUCAUUAGAAAUAAACCUUUUGAGUCCCUGUUUACAUUUCUAAGGCCUGAGCUUAGGAUGCUGAGAAGACCAGGAUUCAAUACUUCCUAAACUCGUGGAAAUUAUUUCCAGAUGUUAAUUCUUCUAGAUGUAACCUGUUGUACGGAGUCCUCAAAUGCUCUUGUUAAGUACUUAAUACUCUGCUGAACUGUAGAAGUGAAUUCCCAGCGUUUACAGGGAUCGCUCAUUAAAGAUUUUUAUUGCUUAUUCUUGUUUAGUAUAAUAAUACGGUUGUUUUUUGACUUGUAAAGUGUAUGCGGUCUCACUAGUGAGCGGACUUCUGGAAGGUAGCAGCUAGGCAAACUGUACAUGAACGUGAAGGAUGAUCACAAUGUCGCUAACUCUGGUGAUGGCCGUCUGUGACUGUGUCAGCAUGUCUGUGUUCUGACAUUGGGCUGGAAGCAGAUGGAGACGUUCUUGGUGUGAAUGAUGCUGAGCGAUUCGGAACUGUGUUCUUUGUGUCCUACAAUUAUGAAUCCCACCCGUUCCCAAUUUAUGCAUGCAGUGGCUUAGCUUACACUCAGAUCUGAAUGCAUUUGCAUUUGCUGGCUGAUUGCUGCCGCGUUCUUGGAAUUACGAGAGGAACCUUCUGGCCAUCACGUGUUUUUAAGAGUCUUGAAACCGCCGGUCAGUGGAGUGUGUUCACUGCUGUGUGCCUACGUCGAGACUCUCCUCGAGAGAUAUUUAAAUACUUAGCGAUCAUGCUUGUAUUCAUAUAGCUUUUGGGCACCUGUUUGUAUAAUUAUGUCCGUGUGUCCAUCUGUGUCGUCAUGGUUCUGGUUCUGCUCAUUCAGGUCAUCCUCCCUCCUCUGAAGGCCUGACUGAAUGUGUGCUGCUGUCAUCAAAGUUAUGGAAGUGCCUUUUGAUUUCUGUUUAGAUAAAUAAUCCAGUUAUCACGUAGCACGUCUGUAUGUAUAAGCCUCAAGCACCUGUUUGAUACGGGAUUUUUAAAAAUAUAUUUACAGAUUCACUUGUUACUUUUAUCAUUUUUCCAAAUAUUUUAUGUUUACAUUAAAAAAAAAUUGCCAGAGAACUGAAAAUAAAUUUACUUUUAGUCUUGUCACUUCUGGAAAGAUUUUGGGGGACAUACUUUAUUGCAUAUCCAUUAAUAAAUUGUUCUACUGAGAAAACUA